GCCUGUUGCCUGCCUUUAUCUCUCUGUCCUGGUGAGUGAAAUGUGCUUCUGUCUGAGUCUGUCUAGCUGAGGAUGUGAUAGUUGUCGUCGCUAACCACAGCAGCCACAUGAUGCUCUGCAAGGGGAAGAACUUUUUUAGAAGUUGGUUGUAAGAUAAGGUGCAAACUGUUUUUUUUUUUUUCCUGAAUUGACAAUGUCGCCUAGGCUUAUUUCAAAUGCAAAUAAUCCUCCUGCUCUGGACUGGAAAUACUGGCGUUAGGAAAAGUUAUUUCACUCGUGUUGAACGGCAUUUGAAGGACAUAACAAUGAAUCAUAGUAAUGAAUCCAUGACAGGGAAGACCAUGGUCCCGACCAUUCCGUCUAUUAUGUUCAUUUUCGGGGUUGUUGGGAAUGUCAUCGCCAUCGUGGUUCUUUGUAAAUCUCGCAAAGAACAGAAAGAAACCACGUUUUACACGCUGGUGUGUGGACUGGCCGUCACGGACCUCCUGGGCACACUGCUGGCCAGUCCUGUCACCAUCGCCACUUACGUGAAAGGCUCGUGGCCCGGAGAGGACCCACUGUGCCAGUACUUUGGAUUCACCUUGCUUUUCUUCUCUCUGGCGGGGCUCAGUAUCAUCUGUGCCAUGUCGGUGGAGAGAUACGUCGCUAUAAACCAUGCUUACUUUUACAAUGACUAUGUGGACCAAAAACUGGCGGGUUUGACUCUUUUGGCUAUCUACAUCUCAAACGCGCUUUUCUGCGCCCUGCCGAUUAGCGGCUUUGGACAGGUGAAGAAGCAAUACCCGCAAACUUGGUGUUUUUUAGAGUGGAGGAGCAACAAGACCAGCGAUGCCGCUUACUCCUACAUGUAUGCGGGUCUCAGCUCUAUUCUUAUUCUCGCCACUGUUAUCUGUAACGUGCUGGUGUGCGUUGCUUUGAUCCGGAUGCACCGGCGCUUCGUACGCAGGAUGUCGCUGGGAACCGAUCAGGGGCGCAACGUGGACCCGCAGAGGAGAGGACGCAGCUUUGGACGUCUGGCCGGUGCAGAGAUUCAGAUGGUCAUUCUUCUUAUAGGCACUUCGGCAGUGGUGCUUAUCUGCUCCAUCCCACUUGUUGCUCAGGUGUUUUUGAACCAGCUGUAUAAGACUCCAGUGGAGCUGAGGUUGGAGAAAAACCCUGAUCUACGAGCGAUACGCUUCGCCUCUUUCAACCCCAUUCUUGACCCCUGGAUCUACAUCCUGCUCCGCAAGGCUGUUCUUCUCAAGCUCAUUGAGAAAAUCAAGUGCUUAUUUUGCAAGAUGGGAGCACGGAGGCAACAGAGACAGGAAAACUUCCACUGUAUAGAUGCUCAUCAACUCUCCUCUGCCAUCUCUAACCGGGACUCACACUCCCUGGUUUCUCAAAACCUGCAAGACUUCACCUGCAGCUCCCAGACCUUCCUCUACCUGCCAGAGGGAAGUGAAAUGUACAACAAAAGCUGCCAUGAAGCAGAUAGGGUCUCUGGUUCACGACCUUCAUCGGUCAGAAACUCACAAGCUUCCUAUUCGUCUGAGCAGGGCAGCGUUGAGGCUCAGAGUAGAGAAGGGACAAAUGUAUAUAGGGAUCUUUCAGCUCUGCCAUGCCCAAAAGACCCAGCACUUCAGGUGUCGUUAAGCACUGAGACAGUGGAGGAGAAAUGUAUCUGACUUAUCUCUGAGUUAGGAGAAAGUUCUCAGUUCGCUCGGGUAGAUUGUCUACUGAAUGUCUUCCUCCAAAAGUGAACUUUUAAACCUCGGAAAAAUGGGGGGAAGGCACAUGAAAAUAAUAAAUGACUCUUCUUGUGAAGUCGGACACAUGAAGAUAGAAAGAAAAAAAGAUAAUCUUGAAGUGCUUUGAGCUUUAUCGUCCUGUUGCUCUCUGUUUCAGCACCCAGCUACCUCAAGUGAUGACCAUUUCUGACUGUGUGAGCAGAUUUGGUUAAUUUUGCCCAAAACAGAUGUUCUAACAGAGACAACCCACUUUUUCAUGACGCAAGUGUCAGUGAUGGAAAAGCUAUCCUUCCUUAUAUCAGUUACUUCAUUGUGGAAAUCUUUACUGUAAAGUAGAUGGGGCUCAGUUGUUUAGAAUAAGUGAGUCACAAGCUUGUGGUCAAUAUGGUAAAUGAAAGUAAUCACUGGCAUGUGUUCUACCAUUGUAUAGAUUGGCUUUAACAAACUCUAUUGUACAGUGCUUCUCGAAGGACGUGUUGUGUUAGUUCCAUGACAGUGCAGUAUUAUUAUGUGGUAAACACGACUAAUUCUUCCUCAGCCCUGGAUAAACACACAUAUGUCAUCUCAAAUUAUAAAACCUUUCUUUUUCCAUCAUACAAUAAGGGUACAAAGAUUCCUGUGCCAUAGUUAUUAACACUCAACAAUUGUUCCUGCAUUUAAAGAAAAUGUGGUAUAAAUCAGUGAACACAUGUUGCUUAAUAUGGAUGGAGUAUUAGGAUGAAGAUAAUUCAGCACACCUGUCAGCUUGAGAAAAAUUGUGUUCUAGAUGAUCAAUGUUGUGUAAUACAUUGUUUGUAAUAAAACAUAUUCUUCCCUAGGAGAAGGUUCUAUUUGAUAAAUCACAACUCUAAAGGAAUUAUCCACCCUCAAGAAGUAUGUGUUUGAUGAGUACCUAUGCUCAUGAAUCGCUAUCUUACAGCAUUACCAUCCAGAAAAAAAGGACAUUACAAAAUAUUUUGUAUUAGUACUAACAGUUAUUUUCAUUAGCAGUUGCUUCAUUAGCUGAUUAUUCUCACUCAGUGGAUUAAUUAUUUACUCAAAAUGUCAGAAAAUUGUCAGUUUUCGUGAUCCUAUUCUGUGACACAUUUUUUUCCAAUGGCAGCAUUACCAUUUUUAACAGUCUUAAUUCAAUUCAAGUCAACUGACACCUUCAGCUGCAGUCUUACCACUAUAUAUAAUAGACUGAACUUUUGAACCCCUAUUUGUUUGAGCUAUUCCACUUAAAUGAGCUUUAUGUCUUAGUUUCAGCAACUUUAAAGCACACAGUCUGCCUCCUUUUCCCUGUUAUUAAAUCAGCUCCAGUUUCUAUGUCACGGAUUAUGUUCUUGCCUUUCUUGUUUCUAUUGUUGCUGUGAAUUUUACUUGUUUGU